AUGUCAAAACUAUUCUACGAAGCAGGCGACCGAGGCAUCUGGUCACAGGACUCCAACUUGAUUCUAAAAGAUCGAGUCAUUGAGUCUUGGGAAGGCGGCCAUGCCUUGAUCUUCAUGAAGCGCAUUCCCGGGGAGUCCGUCAGCGAUGCCUGGCCAAAGCUCUCUACCGAUGAAACGGAAAAUGUAGCAAGGCAGACCGCGGAGUAUUUGCCGCAGCUUCGCAAAUCUAAGGUCCCGGGUUCCCUUGGUCCUCUGGCUUCUGAGGACAAAUUCCGGGCGGAUAUGAAGCAUGGUUUAAGUGAAGCCGUUCCAGAGGCUGCGCGCAUAUGA